GCUCUCCCCUCCCACACAUCCUGUGUGUCUUUGCCAUGGUCUGCCUGGGCCAUGCUCCCAGCCCCGGAUGUGGGUGACUGCAGCGGGCGCUGGGCCCUAGAGGGGAACAUCACAACAAACAUGUAGCAAUCACUGGGCUGCUGCUGGAGGGGACAGUGGCUGAGCGCUGGCUGCGCUGCCCGUAGGCCUGCCCGGGGUGAGCUCACCAUGUGGGGCCCUGUCCUGCCCUUCCUCUGCCUCCUCUUCGCAGACGCCGUCUCUGCCCAGGGACAGGGGCAGUGUGGGGAUUGCUACCAGAUCCAGACGCCCGUCAUCAUCGGUGUGGUGCUCGGAGACCUCGUCUUCACCCUGUUCCUCAUCGCCGGGGUGUAUCACUGCACCAAGCGCUGCAGCAAACCCACGGGCAACCGCGAAGACCAGAAGAUUUAUAUGAACAUGCCUGGAAGAGUCAACUGACCCUCCCCGCCACCUCCACCUCAGUACCUAGCUGAUCCCACUGCUCACACCAUCCUCACCACCGGGGGAUAGACAUUCUCCGCAGAUACCAGCACUUCCUUGCCCCAACACCUUGGACAUGGGGCCUUUUCCCUCUAGGGGGCGCCGGCUCCAACGUGGCCCCAGGGUGCUGACUGGCUGGCCCUCAGAGGCGGGGAAUGGGACACGGGGCCUUUCCCCUCUAGGGGGCACCGGCUUGGGGGUCUGAUGUGGUCAGGGAUUUUGGGGUGCAGUCAGGUGGAAUCUUGGCUCCCCAGUGCCCCCUGCUGUUUGGUGACAGAAUCACAUGCCCUAGCCCCAGUUUGGGGGUUUCCAGGGUUCCCAGUUUCAUGGCCAAUCCCAAGGGCUUUCCCCAGUUUGGGGGUGAAUGCAAAGGCAGUCAUUUUGGGGGCUCACAUUCCCCUUUUUGGGGGGUUGUAGUUUGGGGGGACUGAGCCCUGGAGGGGGGACUCUGGGACCAGCUCAGGAGGUUCAGAAUUUAGCUCCGUUCUGAGCAGGGGAAGGGCUGGAUUUUGGUGGGGGGGAACACCCUGAUUGCCAGAGGGACACCCCAGAGCUGGGCAGGGGCUCACGUUGGGAGGCAAUGAAAGGGAGCCAGCGAGCUCCUGGGCUAACACUGAGGGAGGGCUGACUUUUGGGGGUGCUAUCCGGACACCCCCAGGGAUGGGGGGGAGGAAAGAGAAGACACCCCCCUCUGCCCUCACCUGACCCCCAUCAGUCCCAAGCAUUAAAGGGUUUGGGGCUAUAGGCCACCCAACUGCUUCUCUUCAUCUUUCCCAUUAAAACAAGUGGACCUGUUUA